CUAUAAUCCUAGGUUAGCUGCGUAUAUCAGUAUAUAAACAUCAUCCCAUAGCAUAGCAUUACUUCAGCAGUUCCGUGUCUGCAAGGAACCGGAAGAUUAACACCCUCGUCUCCGGUCGAUAUUCCGGCAUAUAUACAGGUCACGGCCGCGGUAUCCGCUUUCAGUGGCGAGGAGGCUGCUGGUAAACGAAGCCAGAGAGCUAAAAUAUUCACAGGCUGUGGACGAUUUUCUCAAAGCUACUAGCUUCAGCAAACCCCGACCUCCAAGCGGGCGAUCCUUAGCAUCUCUGCAUAUCGACAAUGGUGACCGCGGGGAAGAAGACAAAGAAGACCCAUGAGAGCAUAAACAACAGGUUAGCUCUCGUCAUGAAGAGUGGUAAGUUUACACUUGGGUACAAAACCGUUCUCAAGACCCUCAGGAACUCCAAAGGAAAGCUUGUAUUGAUAUCUAACAAUUGCCCACCUCUGAGGAAGUCUGAGAUUGAGUACUAUGCUAUGCUUGCUAAGGUUGGGGUUCAUCAUUACAAUGGAAACAAUGUUGAUCUUGGGACAGCCUGUGGAAAGUAUUUCCGUGUGUCGUGCCUUAGCAUUGUUGAUCCAGGUGAUUCUGACAUCAUCAAGACUCUGCCGGGAGACCAAUAAGAGAUUUACUUAGUGGUGUUAAUCACAUGUCCUCUUUGUUUUGCACUUGUUUUCUCUGAGUUUGAGUCUGAUACUACUGGAUUACAUAUUAAGUGUUACCUAUUUGACUCUAAACGUCGAUGUUUCAAAUUUUGACUCAUUAUUAAAUACUUUGUUUAUAUCCUCCCUUACCUGCCUAGGAAAAGCAUCUAUAAGGUUCUGGUUCUGACUUUUCUUGUUUAGAGAACUGGGAUUUGUUUUGUUGAUACCUGUUUGAACCGGGGACAGCCCUACCCAAAUCUAAUGCUUCUUCCUCUCCCCAAUCACUGCCUUGUUACCCUUAUACACUUCACACCAAUCGCAUAAACAACAAAACCCCCCUCCAUCUAUCCUCACAUUCAUGAAUGGAUCGCCCCAUUUUGCAUCCCUUUCUACAAAUAGCGUUGCUCACACAGAUUACAAUGAAAUUAGACCCAUGUCACCCAUCCUUGUUGAUUUGGGUGGACUUAAUCUCCAAACACUUCUCCACUUUAUUUCUCCCACCCAAUCUGGUAAUCUCAUGUGCCUGCUGGUAUAAUUAUGUUAAUGAUGUUUCCGUUGUAUUCUUUAAUCUGUGCACAAUAAGCCGAUGCUCUGGAUUAAAAUAAUGAAGGAAGCAUGGUUAUGUGCACGGAAAUUGAAUGCCCAGAGUCGUCAUGUCUGCUCCCUUUGAUCCUUCUAAAGGACCUAUGAUUUGGGGGCCUGGAUUAGACUCAUAUUUUACACUUUCAAAUUCAAUUUUUCUAAGUUUUUAAUCACGAUUACUGCUACAAUAGAUUUUAAAUAGCUGUACUUGAAUAUGCAGUAUGAGAAAUUUCCAUUUCAUGGUGGUGGAGAGGCACAUAAACGGAAGCCCCACCAGGCCACCAUCCCAGAUCAAUACCCACGUCAAGGUUCUCGGUUUUGAUCUACGAACUCUUUCGCUGAAUCCGUCAGAUCCGACCAUCAUCUACCGCAAAGUGUAGGACUUGUUCUUGAUGUGGCAUGGAUGAUGAAUCGAUUAGAUGAGUGAGGGGUAUUUACUUCUCUGAACAAACUUAUGAGGCUUAUUGAUAUUCUGACAUGCCAUCAUCCAAACUCAGUAUUUAAUCAGCGAUUAUUCUUUUCAUUCAAAUGACAAGCCUAAUGUUGCAAUUCCUUGAUUGGAAUCCAGAUUGAAGCGGUGGAUUGAGGAAUCUAUCCUUAGGCUAUAACAAUUUUAAAAGCAUACAUAUUCAUUCCUGUAUGUAUGUGUCUACAAAUAGCUCUGAAUCCUUCCUCAAUUUCAUGAGAUUACGCAGUAUUUCUUUUGGAGAUAUGGAUUUGAUUGGGGUGGAUGAAGAAAAAAUCAGACGGAUUCCCUAUGAAUUCAAUCUUGAUCACAACAACCAGCUACUUAUUUUUCUUUUCAACUUAUUUUUGUAAAUUUAUAUAGAAUGGUCUAGUAAUGCCGGCUGUUAAUGUUAUGGUCCAAGUGUAGGAAUAGUUCUUAAUAUGGCAUGGAUGGUGAAUAAUUGAUUAGAUGAGCGAGGGGUAUUUACUUUUGUGAACAAACUUAUGAGGCUUUUGGACAUUCUGACAAUCUGACAAGUCAUCUUCCAAGAAUCCUGUCGUUUUUCCUAACGCUAAACUUGCUAUCUUCCAAGAAUCCAGUUUGGAAGUGCAUAAAAGUAAAACCAGUUAAGAUGCAUUCAAGUAAAACUUGUAAUCAUUAAAAUUAACUUUAGAAGUGCAGUUUAAAAGUGCACUUUAGAUUACAACUCAGAAGUAAAAUUACUUUGCACUGAACCACUUCUAUAAACUGCACAAACGGCAACUUUAGAUUAACAAAGGGGUAUUUUAAAAGAAAGUUUGCAAAUCCUGUUUAGAGUACAAUUUGUAAAACUUGUUUGCAGUUAGAUUACAACCUCA